AUGCCUCUCGAAAAUCAACCGCGACUUCCCCGCAUACCCCUUAGCAAGCGAAAUCGGGCUGUCGUGCGGGAUCUUAACCCAAUGCUGGUGAUCUAUUUGGAAGCCAGCCGGGACCUUUGCGAGACGGACUCAAUUCUUUUUGGCGCCGCACUAGCAAUAUGUCGUAUUAUUGGCGCCAAACUUCCCGUGGCUGGACGUGCUACUCAAAAAAGUAGCGCCAUCCCAGCCUGGAGAAAAGAAUUGAGGACCGUAUCGCAAAGGCAAGGGCCCUUAUCGGUAGACUGA